AUGGAAAGCAUAUCGUACUAAAUCAAUGUGCGUAAAAUCCUCUUAUCAAAUGGAAGAAUAGUUUCAGAGUCCACGUUUACUGUCUAAAAUGUUUAGGAAUUUUUGCUUGUAUAACAUUUAAAAAGACGUAUCUUAGGCUAUACAGCCAUUUCUUGUGAUGAACAGCGCAUCGUUUUUGCAGGCAAGCUGCUAGAAGAUGAUGUUGAAUUAAAUAGUUACGGAAUGAAAAAUAAGGACAUUGUAAUGCUAUUUGCAGGUUAAAGAGAUUUCGAAUAGUAUUUCGAAAUUGAAAAUCGUGUAGAGAUGGUAAUUCCUGAUAUUUUGAAAGAUGAAGGCAUUUGCUAGCAAUAAUUAGAUAAUUUUGAAAGUGAUUUUCAUCAAUCCAUAGAUAAGGAAGCUUAAGUUGUUGAACUUUUGCCUCACGAUAUAUUUUUUAAGAGAACUGUUGAAUUGUAAAUUACGGCCAAGCCGUAGGCUAACUAUGCCAUAUUUAUCCAGAAAAAUACUUAGCCGGCUAAGGAUCUUGAUAUCUGGCGAACUAUCCCAUGCUAAUCUGAAGAAGAUGGCUUAUUGAAGUUGCGUCUUAAUACUUUCUCGAACAUGUUCGUAUCUUUAAAUCCUAAAGAAUAAUAUUCAAUAGAAGAGAAAAUAACCGAGCAAGAAAUGAAGUCGUCUAAUGUUAAAUUUCACAAAUUUGAGCCCGGAUUAAACUUUGUUAUUAGCAAGCCUUGCGAUGAUGAAUCAUGUAGCAAAGCUUAAAACUUUCCUAUAUAAGUUCUUCCCUUAUAUUACUUGAAGGGGGAAAAAUUGAAUAUUAGUGAAUUAGAUGAAUAUAAAUGUCCAUGUGGGGACGAGUUAAACCCUUACCAAAUUAGCCAAAUCAUAAUAAUGUUAGCUUAGGCCAAAAUUAUAUAUGCAAAGGAUUUAGGACCAGGCAAAAAAUCUCCUACUUAAAAAAUUGAUUUAGUUGCAAAAGGUAACGACAUUAUGGUCAUUGGAAAUGGUUAACCAACAUUAUAUAGCAAAUUUAUAAUAUGGGUAAAACCUGCCGCAAAAGAACCUCAGGAAAUUAAAGAUCUUGCUAAAGCCGGAUUUUUAGAGCUCAACGAAAACGGUAAUGCAAUUGGUAAAAUGUUUUAGUUGAGUAAUGACUCUGGGGUUCUCAUUAAAGUUCUUGUUGGAAAGUUCUUUAAUCGUGAAGGAUUCACAUUAGAAUCAUUUAAUGAAAAUGCAGGAAAUGAUUUAAGAAGAAAAAAAUUCGAAGUUGAAGUUACUGAGGAUGUAGAUUAGUUUGUGAAACUUAUCAACGGUGGAGAAUAUAGCUCUGCAAUGAUCAUAAGUGAUGACUAUUAAGCCUCUCUAACAUUGUUUUAAGAAAACUCUUGGGAUUCACUUUACAUGGUAACGAUCUUGGGUGUUAGCUGCUCAUUCCAUCGAAUUCCCAAAUUCCUGAAAAAGGAAAAUUUUCAAUUCACGAAAUAUUCACAGGCAUAGUUGGCAGUAUCCAUGAAGGUGAAACCAUUGCAAAACCCGAAGGGGUGCUUCCUCCAUCUAUAAAAGUGA